UUGAAAAACCAUAAUGUUCAGAGCGUAAUACUUCGUUUCAGCCUAAUCCUCUUUGCAUCUCUUCCUUUGUUGGCCCUCUCGCAACAAUUCUCAACGCCACAGAGAACGAAUGAGGUCAACCCUGACGUACUUCCUGCGUGGUAUCAGACGCCCCAGAAGCCGUUGACCACAGGUUACGGUUUUGGUCGAAAUCCACCAGCAAUGUAUGAGAGAGCACCAGCGACCAACUAUCAAAACUACCCAUCAUUUGGUUCAAAUCGACCAGCCUAUCCAGAAUUGAUGGCUCAACAAGCUCGACGAUAUCCUAUGGGAGGUCAGGAUAUUGGAGCUAUGGAAUUUUUUAAAGGGUUUUUCGAAGCAGUUUAUCAGAGAACAGAAUGGCUUACGUGA